UCGCCACCUCGACAGUAAGUUGGAGGACCCCGAGAAGGUGAAUGAGGCCAUAGAGCAAGUGGCGUAUGCGGACCGGAUCAUCGUCAACAAGACGGACCUGGUUAAGCCUUCUGAACUGGCCUCCCUGGAGUCCCGACUGCGGGCGGUGAAUGCGAUGGCGCCAUUCAAGGCGGCUCAGAGGAGUCAGGUGGAUGUGGACUACGUGCUGGGUGUGGGCGGCUACGACCUAGCCAACGUGGAAAAGGAGCUCAACCUUACGCUGUCGGGCCAUCACCACCAUGACCACCAUCACCACGAUCACGACCACGACUGCAGUGGUGCGGGUUGCUCCCACGAGUCUCACAAACACGACCACCACCACCACCACCACCACCACGAGCAUGAACAUGAACACGACCACUCGUGCAGUGGAGCGACAUGCACCCACGAAAGCCACAAACACGAUCAUGGCCACGACCACCACAGCCAUGCACAUGCACAUGCGCAUGAGCACGAUCACGCACAUGCACGUGCAGAGCAGCAGCAGCAGCAGCAGGUCCCCAAGCACGAUGACCGGGUUUCUUCGGUCAGCUUCCAGUUUGAUGGGGAGAUGGACAUUGAUAAGGUGAACUACUCUCUGGGCUUCCUAUUGGAGUCCCGAGCUGAGGACAUCUACCGCAUGAAGGGCAUCCUGGCCAUUGCGGGCUCCGAAUACCGCUUCGUGUACCAGGGUGUUCACCAGGUGUUUGAGGGCAUCCCCGACCGCAAAUGGCUGCCGGGUGAGAAGCGCUGCUGCAAGAUGGUCUUCAUUGGCAAAUACCUGGAGAGGGACGACUUCGAGGAGGCGUUCAGGUCAUGCCUGGUUUCGGAGCCAGUCGGCGCAGUUUGAAGUAGCCUGGUGGUGGUGGUGGUGAACGGUUUUGGAGCUAUUUACACGCGGGGAGGAAAACCCCUUUCGUAUCGGGGGGGCGCAAUGGCGUAAAAAAAGGGGAUCGGGGCUAGGAUGUGGGAUGUGGGAAAGGAAGCGCAGCCGGGAAACCCAGAUCGCCCACCCAUACUGCCCUUGAGGCCGGUCUGGACUGGGUGAGGGGGGAAGGGGAAAGACGGGGGGAGGAGGAGAAGACAGGGAGGCAGAGGAAUAAUGAGCAAUCAAGAUGUGGGAAGGGUAGGCUUCAACUGCAAAUGUGUAAAGUGCGGUUUCG